AUGGCGGAGGCCAUGUGCGCGGGAACCGAACCGCAGUGCCCAAAGCAGCCUGCAGUCACUAGCUGGCCAGACGCACAGGGCAAUAAACACCAAACGACUCAUACUAUACAGCUGCUCCCAAGUCCGGAGACACAUCGGGCGCACGGCGCUAGUAACCCAGCACGCCCAGAGACAGCUCGCCCUUCAUCUGAGCUGGGCGCUCACCAGGAGGAACUCCUCCACAGCCUGCCAUACCCCCAGGGAGAAUACCGGGAUCCGGCGGAACCCUGGGCCCACGAUCCUGCUGAUGGAAUGAAUGGCGAAUGGGCAUGA